AUGACGUCCGUCUUUCAAAAUGGUCGCAUCUUUGUGCCCUCGUCGUCCUCAGCUAAUGGUGACAAUGAGUUCGCCGAGGGAAUGAUCAUCACCAAGGAUCGCAUUUCUUAUAUUGGCUCUCUCCACGAUACCCAAAUACCUGCAGAUGCGAAUGUCGUCGAUCUACAGAAUCGGGUCGUGCUUCCGGGCUUCAUUGAUGCCCAUGUUCACAUUUUGCACUAUGGCCAGUCUCUGCAGAAAGUCAAUCUCAUUGAAUGCACAUCUCUCGGGCAGAUUCGAGCAACAAUAAAAGCCUACGCUGAGGCUAACCCGUCUGUCCCGCAGAUCUUCUGUCGAGGAUGGAUCCAAUCUUCCACCGAAGGAAUUGCACUUGCAAAUAUGCUUGACGAUCUCGAUCCGCGACCGAUUUUCAUCGACUCGUUCGACUUGCAUUCAAUGUGGUGCAACACUGCUGCUCUUGAUGCAAUGAAGGCCCAUACCGCCCCCGAUCUACCCGGUGGCUGUAUUCACCGCGAUGAGAACGGAAAGGCUUCUGGGCUCUUGGAUGAGUCGGCCUUGAUGAAUCUCGCUUGGCCAUAUGUGGAGAGCCUCUACUCAAAAGAGGACAAACUGCUUGCUCUAGACACGGCCGUCAGGUCCUACACCGCCGCUGGCUAUACCGGUAUCGUAGAUAUGGCUAUGGAUGAGGGCACCUGGGAGAUUUUGAACGAGUAUCGCCGCGAUAAGCCAAUCCCAUUCCACAUUGCGGCUUACUGGCUCGUGCCGUACGCAAAUGAUCAAAAAGCCAAUUUCCGCUACGUUGACCGCGCGAUCGAAUUAAGACGCCAGUUCCAGGAGCCUGAUUUCUGCAUCGUAGGAAUCAAGCUCAUCUGUGAUGGAGUUGUUGAUGGAUGCACUGCCGCUCUGCUCCAGCCGUACACUGGGAAGUCCGAUCCGGUUGAACCAAUCUGGCCGGAGAAUCAGCUUCACGAUGUUGUCCAGCGUGCCGAUUCAGCUGAGCUACAGUGUGCGAUCCAUGCGAUCGGUGACCGCGCCGUUCACCAAGUUAUCAAUGUCCUCUCACAAGUUGGAACUCCCGGUCGGAGGCACAGAAUUGAGCAUCUGGAAUUGACGACUUCCGAGGACGCCAAACGGCUGGGUCAACUAGGAAUUACCGCCUCGAUCCAACCCGUUCACUCCGAUCCAGCGCUGUUCAAAGCAUGGCCCGGUCUUGUCGGCCCCGACCGCUGCAAGCGAGCCUUUGCAUACAAGGAGUUCCUAGACGGGGGCGCUCCUCUUGCGAUUGGAACUGAUGCGCCAACUGCGCGUCACUUCCCAUUUCCCAAUCUCUACAAUGCGAGUACCCGGCGGUCGGCACUCGAGCCUGAGACCACCGACACGCUCAACCCUCAUUUCAGCCUCAGCCUGGUUGAAGCUGCGACUGCUGCAACUACUGGCGCAGCAUAUGCACGCUUUGCGGACUCCUGGACUGGAACUUUGAAGCAAGGGCUGAAUGCCGAUUUUUUGGUGGUCGACAUGCAGUGGACACCAGAAACACUCCUUGAGGCAAAGGUGUGCCAGACCUGGUAUCGAGGAACGAAAGUAUAUGACUCAAAUUCAGCUACAUAA